GAGCAGCCGCGCCCCCCGCGCUGCCAACCCGCGAGCCCGCAUCAUGGAUGUCGAGCUCUCCUAUUUCGCUUUGCUCGCCUUGGAAUUCGAGACCCCAGACGAGGACCAGGAUUCAUGAACCGGUCGCAGGGGCCGGGGCAGGGGCCUCUGGCUCCCGACGCUGGCCGAGAGGUGAUGAGUGCGGUUCUAAGAACGCAAGAUUUAAAAAGCAACCCGGGCCUCCGUAUUGAAUGAAAGACCCAGUGCGAAGACAUCACCAUGAACACGAGCAUUCCCUAUCAGCAGAAUCCUUACAAUCCUCGGGGCAGCUCCAACGUGAUCCAGUGCUACCGCUGCGGAGACACCUGCAAGGGGGAAGUGGUUCGCGUGCACAACAACCAUUUCCACAUCCAGUGUUUCACCUGCCAAGUGUGUGGCUGUGGCCUGGCCCAGUCAGGCUUCUUCUUCAAGAACCAGGAGUACAUCUGCACCCAGGACUACCAGCAACUCUACGGCACCCGCUGCGACAGCUGCCGGGACUUCAUCACGGGCGAGGUCAUCUCCGCCCUGGGCCGCACCUACCACCCCAAGUGUUUCGUGUGCAGCUUGUGCAGGAAGCCUUUCCCCAUCGGAGACAAGGUGACCUUCAGCGGUAAAGAAUGCGUGUGCCAGACGUGCUCCCAGUCCAUGGCCAGCAGUAAGCCCAUCAAGAUCCGCGGACCCAGCCACUGUGCUGGGUGCAAGGAGGAGAUCAAGCAUGGCCAGUCGCUCCUGGCACUGGACAAGCAGUGGCAUGUCAGCUGCUUCAAAUGCCAGACCUGCAGCGUCAUCCUCACCGGGGAGUAUAUCAGCAAGGAUGGCGUUCCGUACUGCGAGUCCGACUACCACUCCCAGUUUGGCAUUAAAUGUGAGACUUGUGACCGAUACAUCAGCGGCAGGGUCUUGGAGGCAGGCGGGAAGCAUUACCACCCAACUUGUGCCAGAUGUGUACGCUGCCACCAGAUGUUCACUGAGGGAGAGGAGAUGUAUCUCACAGGUUCUGAGGUUUGGCACCCCAUCUGCAAGCAGGCAGCCCGGGCAGAGAAGAAGUUAAAGCACAGACGAACAUCUGAAACUUCCAUCUCACCCCCUGGAUCUAGCAUUGGGUCACCCAACCGAGUCAUCUGCGCUAAAGUGGAUAAUGAGAUCCUUAAUUACAAAGACCUGGCAGCUCUCCCCAAGGUUAAGUCCAUCUACGAGGUACAACGCCCCGACCUCAUUUCCUACGAGCCUCAUUCCAGAUACACGUCCGACGAGAUGCUGGAGAGAUGUGGCUAUGGAGAGUCGCUGGGAACAUUAUCUCCCUACUCCCAGGACAUCUACGAGAACCUGGACCUCCGGCAGAGACGGGCCUCCAGCCCGGGGUACAUCGACUCCCCCACCUACAGCCGGCAGGGCAUGUCCCCCACCUUCUCCCGCUCACCUCACCACUACUACCGCUCUGGGCCCGAGAGUGGCCGGAGCUCUCCAUACCAUAGCCAGUUAGACGUGAGGUCCUCCACUCCGACCUCUUACCAGGCUCCCAAGCACUUUCACAUCCCAGCUGGAGACAGUAACAUCUACCGGAAACCCCCGAUCUACAAACGGCAUGGUGAUUUGUCUACGGCAACCAAGAGCAAAACAAGUGAAGACAUCAGCCAGGCCUCCAAGUACAGUCCAGCCUACUCGCCAGACCCCUACUAUGCUGCGGAGUCUGAGUACUGGACCUACCAUGGGUCCCCCAAAGUGCCCCGAGCCAGGAGGUUCUCGUCUGGAGAGGAGGACGACUUUGACCGCAGCAUGCACAAGCUCCAGAGCGGAAUUGGCCGGCUGAUUCUGAAGGAGGAGAUGAAGGCCCGGUCGAGCUCCUACGCGGACCCCUGGACCCCUCCCCGGAGUUCCACCAGCAGCCGGGAGGCCCUGCACACAGCUGGCUACGAGAUGACCCUCAAUGGCUCCCCCCGGUCGCACUACCUGGCUGACAGCGAUCCCCUCAUCUCCAAAUCCGCCUCACUCCCUGCCUACAGAAGAAACGGGCUGCACAGGACGCCCAGCGCGGACCUCUUCCACUACGACAGCAUGAACGCAGUCAACUGGGGCAUGCGAGAGUACAAGAUCUACCCUUAUGAGCUGCUGCUAGUGACCACAAGGGGAAGAAACCGACUGCCCAAAGAUGUGGAUCGGACCCGUUUGGAGCGCCACCUGUCCCAGGAAGAGUUCUACCAAGUCUUCGGCAUGACCAUCUCCGAGUUCGACCGGCUGGCCCUCUGGAAGAGGAAUGAACUGAAGAAGCAAGCCCGCCUGUUCUAGGCAGAGGCUCUAUAAAUAUAUAUGCAUUUAUAUAAAGCUAUAUGUAAAGUCUCUAUACUGAAGCUCGGUAUAACCCUCUCUGUGUAACGGACACACCGCCUGCCGGGAGACGCGCUUUUCUGCACCGUCAGGCGAGCCCCCGUCAUCCAGAUAUUUUUAUGCUCCUUACUUUCUCUUUUCUAAGUGCUGUGGGAUCUGGGAAGGGAUUUGAGGGGACUCCAUCCUUUUACGGGGGAUCCUUUUUAUACUGAAACACCUGUCCUAACUUGAGUCCCCCAAGGUCCAACUCUCUUUCCUAAAGAAGGUGCCUGAAGAAGUCUCUCUUCUCUCUGCUUCUGGGCCCUUUUCCCCAGUCUCUAGGGCUGAUGCUGGCCAUGUGCUUGUCACACCUUAUUGGCCCCAGAGGGGCCCUCCCAUGGGAAGAUCCGCGGCGAUCUUCCAAAAUCACUGAGCGCCUUUGAGAGCCUGAAAAGAACUUUCUCAACACCCCCAACCAGGAGCCCAGUGCUCCCUGGGGGGCGAUGCAGUUAGAAGUGAGCCUCAGACCUACUCACGACACCAGUAAACAGACGUGGAUAGCGCCUAGGCCUCUCCUCAGCUCUUUCGCUCUCCUCCUCUGCCCUGCACCAUAACCUCUCCCUUGUCCCAAUCUAGGACUCACCAUCAGGAAAAGAAAAAAGGCACUUCUCUUCCCUCCACCGCUUCCAAUCGGCCCCUUUGCCUGCCUGCACUGGGAGAGCCAGAGGAAGGGAGCGGGGGACAGAGCAGGGCCCUGUCAGAGUCAGAGCUGCAGGACCUCUGGGACGCUCCUCCCUCCCUCGCUGCUCCCAGCACCGCCUGACCCUGCCCCCUUGCAAGGAGAGGCCCGUUACUGCAGCCUGUGCUCUUCAGCCUUAUUACAAUCUAUGUGCCUGACAACUCAACACUCCACAGGGCUCCCCCACCACAGCUCCAACCCAACAACCAGACAGACGGCUCUACCCACCCCUUUAGAGGUAAACUAGGCCAUGUCCCAAAGAAAGGUUCUUGGUCUACAUCUCUGGUCCCUGGGCUGGCAGAGAAACCAUUCUGGACCCCCACCAAUCCUCGGCUCCUGCUGCAAACGUGGCCAAGUUUCAUGGGGGAAAGUUCUGGAAGAGUGGCUGAGAUUCUGAGAUUCCAAAAGGAAGCACUGGCCAACACCGAUCAAGGUCAUCCUGGAUUUCCCGGUGGCUGCCUUUCCUGCCUCCUUGCCUUCUGGAACAGGGGUGAAACCUUAACUUUCUCUCUUCCCCUCUCCAAACUUCCAACUCUGAGUUGGUGUUCGGUGGGGGCUGGUUCCUUCUUGGAGAUGCCUUGAGUCCAAUCACUUUGAGGCCAUGGAGGAAAGAUGAAGAAGUGGAAAUGACAAUUAUGAUUCUCAAGAGGCUGGUGACAUGAUGUGGCAAAUGUAGAACUGACUUAAAUUCCACAAACCCUCACUGAGCACCUGCUGAUGCUGAGCACCUGCUGAAUACUGAGCACUGGAUGGGGGAGGGGGAGGGGAGCACUGGGAUGAAUCCACAGGGGCUCUGGUCUCGGGGACAUGCCCACUAAUAGUGGGCAUCAUGAGGCAUGUACCCAAGCAUAGUGGAUGUAAGGCAGAAAGUGACCGGAGAAGGCACGAGAAAGUGUGUGUGAUGUUAAUGAAAAGGCGUAUGCAGUCGGAGCAGACGAAGGAAAGCUUUCUGGAAGAGAUUGCAUCUGAGCAAAAUUCAGGAAGGAGCUUUGUAAACUGGGAGGAGACUCGAAGUUGAAAGGGUGAGAGGUGAGGGGCCGGAAGGGAAGUCUGACGUGCUCUCAUUUACAAUGUCAGCCCUCCCUGCACUUUCUCCUUUUGGCCAAUGUCUUCCGACUUUCCCUGACCCUUUAGAAAUGUCCCCAGCCAGACGCAAUCCUUGAAACUGCCUCAUGAUCACUAGUUGAGAACUUGGCGAGAUUGGAGGGCUUUUGUUAUUGUUGUUGGAUAUUUUUGUUUCCCAUAAAAGCACAUCAUUUCAACCC